AUGAUGCUCCCAUCUAGUGUUAUAAAGGAUUUGGAGAAAAGGCUUCGCAGGUUCUUGUGGAAUGGUGGUACUCAAGGUCCGGUUCGUACUAAAGUAGCUUGGAAGGAUGUUUGUAUGCCUAAAGAGGAGGGUGGUUUAGGUAUUCGGAGUAUAAUGGAUGUGAACAAGACUCUCUUACCAUCCCAUAUCUGGAGCUUAAUUACUAACCGUCAGUCUCUCUCUCUGGGUCCAAUGGAUCCACUCAUACAAGUUGAAAGUCCUCUUCGCUCGUUUAUCACCCCUAGAGUUUUUGCUAAUGCUGGAUUUUCUUUAAAUAACACGGUGGCUGAUAUUGUUGCUGAAGAUGGUCAAUGGUUAUGGCCCCAGGCGUGGUAUAAUUUAUAUCAGGUUCUCAUAAAUAUCGAUCCUCCUCAGAUUAUUUCUAAUAUGAAUGAUCGGUUUUCAUGGAAAGACUUGGAAGAGGUUUGGAUAUUGGUUAGGAAAAUGGUUGACAUGGGGAGUGUUACGGAUACAUGGGUUUCAAUUUUGCAGUGGAUGGAGCUAAAUGCGAAUUCUAAAACUAUGGACCAUAUUAUUUGCAUCAUCCUGGUGGCGCCUUCCACUUAUUUUAUUUGGCAAGAAAGGAACUCUCGUUUAUUCUCUCAAGCUCAGCGGAGUGCUAGUGUGCUUGCUAAGGUUAUCAUUGAUACUGUGAGGCUCAGAAUUAUGCGGUUCAAGUUCGGUAAAGACCCGAAGCAAAAGAAGAUAUUGGAUCGAUGGUUGAUAUCGGAAAACAACAUGAAUUUUGAACCUGGCUAA